AUGCCGAGAGAUAUUAUUAGAACAUAUUGUGGUGAUUCACCAAUAUUUAAACCGACUACUACCACUACACAAACAACAAUUUCUCCAAAACAAUCAACCGUUUUUAAAACAACACCGACAACAAAUGGUGAUAGUAUUGUACCAAAUAUUGUUCCUCCAUAUUCAAAUAUGGUCUUAUAUGAUUUACAUCGUGCACAACAAUUUUAUGAUUAUGCUGCACGUUUAAAAUUUUCUGUACCACCUCAUACAAUCAAUAAUUUUUCAAAUUCACAAGCUGAUUUUACACAGGCACUAUUAGCAUUAAAUCGAAAUGAUCCACGUUUAAGAUUUGUACGUGAAGAACCAAAACCAUCAUAUUCAUAUAUUGGUCUAAUUGCCAUGGCCAUAUUAUCGUCACCAGACAAGAAACUUGUACUUAGUGAUAUUUAUCAGUGGAUAUUGGACAAUUAUUCAUAUUUUCGACAAAGAGGUCCUGUUUUUAUGUAUGUAUUAAAAGAAUUUUUAUUUUAUUUGAGUGAUUGUUUUGUCAAAGCUGGUAGAAGUGCCAAUGGUAAAGGUCAUUAUUGGGCUAUUCAUCCGGCAAAUGCAGAAGAUUUUUCCAAUGGAGAUUUUCGCCGUCGUCGAGCACAACGUCGUGUAAGAAAAAGCAUGGGACUAGCCAUACAAGAUGAAGAAGACGAAGAAGAAGAUAUUUUACAGACAAAUGAGACAGAAAGUGUUUAUAAUGCACAUGAACAUUCGCCAACCAAACUCGAUGCUGAUGAUUUGUGUUCAUCACAUCUAAAAGAUCAUUCACCGUCAUCUACGACAUCCACCGUUCUUAAUCGUUAUUUUAAUGAUAUGCGUCGAUCUGAUAUUAAUAAUCAUACACAAGUAUUUUUUACACCACCAUCUGCAUUAGAUAAUCGUUCACUCAUUAAUUCUCGUGUUUCUCCAUUUUUAUCAUCGGCUCCUGGAUCAACUUCCGUCUCUUACUACUUAAAUAUGUUAUCACCAAUAAUACGCCAUAAUCCAUCAGUGACUAUGUCUUCGACGUUAACCUCCUCACCACCAAUAGCAGUUCCUAAAAAUACUCGUAAACGUUGUUUUGAUAUUGAUAAUUUACUUGCACCUGAUCCAAAACGUCUCAAAUUAUUAACAGAACAAACAGAACGAUUAACUAAAGUAAACAAAGAAGAUGAAAACGAUGAUAACUAUAUUAAAAAUAACAGUGAUGAACACGCUGAACAUUCUUACGUUCAAAAUUUAAAAGAAACAAGUCCUAAUAAGCAACAUGUAAAUAAUGAUCGAAAUUCUCCCAUUAUGAGUCCAUAUUCAAUCAAUUCAAAAUCGGACCGAUCACACUCGACAGAUGAUAGUAAUCUGGAACCAGGAAAUACGGACAUAAUCGCGACCGCUUCCCAUAAUCUGACAUCAUUAUCCUCACGAUACAUUGAUUUUGUUGAAUUUUCUUGUAAAUCAUAA